AAAAUCAAAUUUCCGGCAUGGAUAAUUCAAAGUUCAGCAUGAUGGAGGUGAGGGAAGAUUUCAUGGUUUCAGCAACUGGUGACAGUGAACCAACUUCGAGAAGUGCUUAUUUUCUGAAACCCCUUGCAAAUUCCCUUGAUGGACCAGUUUCUGAGGUAAUUUCAUCUUCUAUGGCUAUGCCACUGCCACCUGUGUUUGAUCCAAAGCAGUGGCCUAUGGUGGUUCGUUACAAUGGAUGGCACCACCCAAAACCGAAGUGGGUUGAAUGGGUGGAUACCCUUCAAGUUAGAUAUCAAUCACUGUGGAAGAAAGUUGGCAUCUUUGAUGCCAUUAUGAGCACCAAGUGCAGCAUAGCGAAAAACCAAAACUUGUGUGUUGGGAUUGCUGAGAGGUGGUGUCCUGACACAAACACCUUCUUGUUUCCAUGGGGUGAGGCAACAAUCACCUUGGAGGAUGUAAUGGUGUUGGGGGGUUUUCCUGUUGUUGGUGAUCCUGUCUUCACCACACUUCAAAGCCAGGAAAUGAGAAAGGUGGAGGAAAAAUUGAGUCUUGCAAGAAUGGAACCUUGGAGGGAGAAAAAACAUAAGGUUACUACAUCAGCAUGGAUGGAUGCUUUUGUCAACAGUGGGACGCGGAGCGAAAUAGAGCAUGAAGCAUUCCUUUCAACUUGGUUGACAAUGGUUGGCUUUUCUCACAAUGGCUUGGUGAAUGAGUGUGUUUUCCCUAUUGCCAUUCUUCUUGCUAGAGGGUAUCCCAUUGCUUUGGGACCAGCAGUGUUGGCUAGCAUAUACCAUGAUUUGACUUUGUUGAAGAAAACAAUAGUUCGUUUGGCGGAAAAAUCAGUACUUGAUGAUAAAUUGGAAUUGGUGACAACUCUUCAGUCUCCCUUUUACUUAAUUCAAAUUUGGGUGUGGGAAAGGUUCAAAAAUUUGCAGCCACAGCCCAAACUGAUCAACCAUGAGGACCCUGUGUUGUUUAGAUGGCACAAAGUUAAGGCCUUGGAAAUUGAUAAUGUAAGAUUGGCAGUGGAAUCGGCUAUGGAUCAUUUUCGAUGGCGCCCUUAUGUGCAAUAUGCUGGCACCGGCAAGUUCAAGGUGUAUUAUCCAGAAAAUGAAACUUUGGUAAUACUUGAUACAGAUUUGGAUAAAGAACCUACAGGAAUACUAGCCUCUUUUGUUGCAUGCUUGAAAGUUUCUCUGCUUGUUGGAAUUCAGUCUAAUAUAGAGCUGUAUCUGCCGCAUAGAGUUGCUAUGCAAUUUGGAAUGGAUCAAGAUGUUCCAAGUUGCGUGCCUAUAUUCCGCGGGACUAAAGAAAAUGCUUGGAAAAAUUACUGUCGGCCAAUAUCUGAUACACAUUUGUAUUUUCCUGCUAGGCUUUUUGAAGGAGACGUAACAACACGCUAUGCAACGUGGUGGAAGCAGUUAGUACCGAGUUGUCAUCGUGAUUUUGUGAAGAAUAUUGUGAGGCGAAAGAGAAGUCUGAUGUCUCAUGUAUCAAAAGCAAACAAAAAUUCUGGUAAUGAUGCUGAUGUUCCACCUGGUUUUUCUCCUUCCAAAACUCUUCCUUCUGGAAAUUCUGGUCAAGAUGAUUUGCAAGCUAAUGAAAAUAUUGAUGCUGACAUUCCAACAAGGUUUAAGAGUUUGUCGAACCCAAUUUCUUCAGCUUCUACUGCAGAUUAUGAAAAGGCUAAGAGGAUAUCAUCACUGACAAAACCAGCUGCAGAAGAUACCCCUGAACCAUUGAUGAGUGGUUUGGAUGAGCAGUUUGAAGAUGCAAAUGGAAGAAAAGAAUCAAGGCCUAGUGAAAGCUGUAGUUGUGCAUCUAGAGUAAAUUUAAUGGAUCUAGAAGAGAGAAUUAACAGGCUGGAGGAAGUGACUAAAAAAUUAAAGAUGAAAACUUUUGGUCAUUGUUGAAUAAUUAUUAGUGUAUCAAACGAAAUGCUUAGCACUUGUUAAUACUACAGUGUUUACAACUACUACAUGAUCUUGUAGGAUUUUAGUGCUGGUAUUUUUUUGUCUAGGUUUCACAGUAUUACCCACCAACAUGUUUAUAACUUAGUAGCUAAUUUGUAGAAUGCAGCUUAGCUAUUUGGAUCUUUGCUUAUGGAGGUUCAAGGAAUGCUAGCAAAACUUACUUCAAUAAGAUAUUAUCAGAGUGUAAUUCAUAUGAGACCUUCUAUGUGCGUGAUUGAG